GGAAACGUUCAGGGGACGUUCGGAGGACGUUCGCGGCGGCACUUAUUGACGGUGGCACGCGGGUUGACGUGCAGCGGUUUGCUAAUCCACUGCUGGAUGAACGCCUCCCCACUUGGGCCGUCCAGAGGAACCUCCUAAUGAGUUUCUUCACCGGCAGAGAGUUCUCUCCCUGUACCGAGCGAUGCUGAGAGCCAUCCGCCAGGUGCCCGACCGCCACUACCAGGUGUACCUGCAGGAGUCGGCGCGGCGCGAGUUCAAGAUGAACAAGGAGGAGACGAACGAGGACGCGGUGAGGAUGGCGAUGACUCGGGGGAACGCGCAGCUGAAGGAGCUCCAGAAAAUCAUCCGCCUCUCCAAAGUGCACCGUCAAAUGCAUCGUCUCGAAGAAGUUCACAAAUCUGGGGACCGACAAAGACACCUUCCUCUAUCUUAGCUUCACUUAACCUUGGAAAUUUUCCACGGAGGUACUUGAAAGCUGCUUGUGUUUUGUCCAUGGUUUUGACAAAGUUCUUCAUCUGACCCAGCUUGAUGUGGAAGGAUGGUAACAAAAUCUUCCUUGAUUCAACAAGUGGUGGAUGCUGAACACUUUUCCUCUCAGGCUCCAAUGACUUUCGGAGUAGCCAAUCUAUCUUGAUGUGGUGGGAAUCUCUCGCACGACCAUCCCAUUCACAGAGAGAACGCUGUCUCCCCGACAGACCUGGUCUUCACCUGAGGACGGCUGCUUGCGUUGUGGCCGAAACGUCGUGAGAAUUAUUUUAUUGUUUUAAUUUUAUUAUUUUAUUAUUUCCAUUCUACGUGACUUUACCGAAAAUACCAAGAAGAUGAAUCCCUGCAGUCACGAAAGCUUUAAAUCGAAAUUUAGAACAGCAGUACUUUGUGUAUCCAGACUUACAGACCAAGCAAGAGAGCAACAACCUUCAAAUCGCCACAAAGCUGCCACUGAUGUUGGUCAUAGUUUAUGCACCGCAAAAGUUGUUUCAUGUUGUCAUAGGUUUCCUUCAUAUGGACUGCCUGAUCAACUGGAAUUGAUGGCAGCAAAAGACUGAAAGCCUCCAGUAGAGGGUUUAUUUGGGGGGGGGGGGGGGGUUAGAUCGCGUAAAUAUAUAAAUGUGUCGUUAAAACCCGCCACCACCCGACACGGCCAACUAGUUUGACACGUCGGCUUUCGCGACCAAUAUUCAUAAGAAUGGUUUUUGGGUUAGAUCGCGUUAUUUAUAAAUGUGUCGUAACCCUCCACCACCCGACACGGCCAAUCAGUAAAAAAAAGUGUCACGUUGACAAAAGACAAAAUAGUUCACUACUUUAGCCCACCGGUGUGUUGAAUGAAUCCACAACAUUUACAAUUUUUUAGUACGACGUUUCGUCGGUAACUAAAACCGGCUUUGUUCUUUGCCUUCGAAAUCAAUUAACGGAAUCUCGAUUUCGCUCCCUAAUCCGAGCAGCAGCACCAGCAGCUUUCCCAUUCGUGACAGCCGCGGAUUAAGAGGCAGCUACGGGGGAGGAGGGGGCACACCGGAGACUCGGCGAUAACGAUAUUAAAUAGUUCCACGAUUCGUGACGAUUAUCGCGAUAUCGAUUGUACUAUACUGGACUGGACUAUACUGGACUGUCCUGGGCUGGACUCUACUGGACUGAAGACCCGGAGCAGAAACGGAGGUGCGUUUUUAUUUAAUUUUAUUUUACAGAGAGAGGCGGGCAAUCACGGGCAAGAACAUCGCACGGAAGAUGCAGCUAAUUAUCUCUUUACACCGAUGGACAAUUAACACUGGUAGGAACCUCCUGGUUACACCAGCCCACAGGGGAUUAUUGUGUCCAUCCGUCCGUCGUGCAUCCA